UGAAGCGGCCGGGUGUCUACUAACUUGCAAAAAAAGUAAUUCGUCUCCUCUGUGUUUUUGGCCAUAUAUUCGCAGCUGAAAACGUGGCCGCAUUGCUAGCAAGCGAAGUCAGACAUGGCAUCCAACUCGUUCAAAACCCACAAUGAAGCGUGACAACAACAGCAAUAACUUUCUUUCCCUGUCCAACGUCCAAAGCAGCACAACCCACCAGGCAUCGGAGGCUGCAGAGACUCCGUUAAAGGGUGUUCUUAUAUUUCUUGUCUCAUUUUUGGGUUUCCGAGAAAGAUGGACUUUUGAAUCGAAUAGUAUGAUAGCGAGGGGGCUGGAGAGAGUGAAUCAGAGAGAGAUGAGUGGAGGAGUUGAAAGGAGGCUAUGUGAGGAAUUUUCACCUGGGUAUUACGGGCUUUGCUCUGUUGGAGGAAUGCUCAGUGCUGGGACUACCCAUCUUGCUAUCACGCCCCUCGAUGUCUUGAAAGUGAAUAUGCAGGUGAAUCCGAUCAAAUAUAAUGGCAUUUCUUCCGGGUUUUCAACCCUUUGGAGAGAACAAGGUCCUUCUUCACUUUGGAGAGGUUGGUCAGGAAAGCUAUUUGGAUAUGGCAUUCAAGGCGGCUGCAAAUUUGGUCUCUAUGAAUACUUUAAGAAGCUUUACUCUGAUGCAUUGGUAGAUCGUAGCAGGAGUUUCAUAUUCUUUCUCAGCAGUGCAUCUGCUCAAGUUUUUGCUGAUGUGGCUCUCUGUCCUUUCGAAGCUGUGAAAGUUCGUGUUCAAACUCAGCCCAAUUUUGCAAAGGGCCUGCUUGAUGGGGUUCCAAAAUUAUAUAGAACCGAAGGACUCACUGGCUUUUACAAAGGACUCUUUCCACUUUGGGGUCGAAAUCUUCCAUUCUCCAUGAUAAUGUUCUCAACAUUUGAGCAUUCCGUGGAAUUUAUAUAUCACGAUAUUAUCCAGAGGAGAAAGGAAGAUUGCUCAAGAGCCCAACAACUUGGUGUUACAUGUUUAGCUGGCUACGCAGCUGGAGCAGUUGGUACUGUCAUCUCGAACCCAGCUGACAACAUUGUUGCCUCUCUUUACAACAAACAGGCUGAAAAUGUGAUGCAGGCAGUGAAGAAAAUUGGGCUUGUUAAUCUUUUUACUAGAAGUCUUCCUGUUCGGAUUACACUCGUUGGCCCUGUUGUGACUUUACAGUGGUUCUUCUAUGACACCAUUAAAGUGCUUAGUGGACUGCCUGCUAGUGGAGGGUUUAGCAGGCACAUGGAAGAAGCUAAUGUAUCAGCUUAAGGUCAUCAGAAGAGGGCCGAAAAAGUUUGAUCUGGUGGAUUUCAAGACUGCAAGAAAUUCCUCACUGUUGCAGAAGAUAUACAAAGAACUCUAUAGCCUUCCGAAACAGGACACACAGCCUGCCUUUUCUAAUCUGAAUGUUACACUACAGCUAACAACUGGUAUAGGUGAUUCCCAAUCAUACAAGCUAGUGCUUACUUAAAUCAUCCAAGUUAGCUGGUUAUCACUAGCAAUCCCCAGCACCUGCUUAUUGGAUUUUAUCACACAUAAUCGUUGUAUCUAGUGGGUUGUAGCUGCAAUUGUUUAGAAUGGCAUUUUUAAAUAACUGGGUUCCUUUCAUCCA